AUGGCGCCUACAACAAAGCAAGAGUUCCUCAAUGCAGAGGACGAUUUCGACAGGUCAGUUUCGCGAGCUGCCCCGCGGAAAUACGACAUUAUCUACUUGAACAUACUCAAGCACAUCUUCCUCCAUCUGUGUGCUGUUUAUGGAAUGUAUCUAAUGUUUACUGAGGCUCAAUGGAAAACCGUGAUAUUUAAUGUAUUUUAUUUCCACGCCGGAGCUUUGGGCAUCACCAUCGGGGCACACCGACUAUGGACACACAAGGCAUUCAAAGCGAAGUUGCCGCUCGAAAUAUUAUUGAUGCUUUUUAAUUCUAUCGCAUUUCAAAGCACCGCAUUUCAGUGGAUACGGGAUCACAGACUGCAUCACAAAUACAGCGACACUGACGCGGACCCGUACAACGCUUCAAGAGGCUUCUUCUUCUCGCACAUCGGAUGGUUGCUCGUGAGGAAGCACCCGAAAGUGAUAGAAAAAGGGAAGACUAUUGAUAUGAGCGACAUUAAUAACAAUCCAGUGUUGAAAUUUCAGAGCAAAUAUGCCAUUCCCGUCAUAGGAAUGUGCUGUUACAUCAUUCCAACGCUGACCCCAGUCUAUUUAUGGAACGAAUCUUUCACAAACGCCUUCUACAUUAACAUAUUACGCCAUAUUGUCGGACUUCACAUAGCGUUCAGUGUCAACAGCUUCACCCACUUAUGGGGGAAGAAGCCAUAUGAUAAAAACAUCAAAUCAACCCAAUCGAUCAUUGUUUCCCUGCUAUCUGGUGGCGAAGGCUACCAUAACUAUCACCACGUGUUCCCAUGGGACUACAGGACGGCAGAGAUCGGGAACAACUGGAUUAAUACGUCUACGUUGGUCAUAGAUUUAUUGGCUAAAAUUGGUCUAGCCUACGAUUUGAAAACUACUCCAGAAUCUAUGGUGCUGGAAAGGCUAAAGCGAACUGGGGAUGGUAGCAAUUUGUGGGGGGUAGUUGGAAAAUUUUAA